UAGUGAGUUUAACGCGGAAAUAGCAGCAUCUCGACCCUCGUUUUCCGUGGUUCUUAACUUGAUCAGGCCUCACUCAUAAACAGAGAGAUGUGUUGAUGCUGUGCCACUGCGACCGGAUCCCCUCUUGAUUUUCUUCAACUGUUAACUUUUCCGAUCUCGGGAAUUCAAGAUCUGUGAGAAUUAUUAUUCGUUGGAACACGCGGCCUACCAAGAUGGCUGAAUGUUCCAGGGGCCCCGGACGGAUGUUCCAUCGAUCAUGCUCCCGUGGGAGUGGAUGGAUAGGAUUGUUUGUCUUGAUUUUAAUCGUGGAUGAGCCUGUCUACGUGAGUGCUUUCUUUAACUUUGCUCCAACUGUGACCAAGGAGUCGGCGGCCUUGGACGGGGCAAUCAGAGGAACAAGUUCUUCGUCAACUUUGUUCCCAUCGGCGACCACGACGACACCGACGACGCCGACGACGCCCACCACCCUGAGACUCACCCUUGAAGAUGCUGUGGUCAACAAUCGAGAUGGAGUGGAGGCUCUGCCUAAUCCCGAAGCUCACCGAAAUUUCCCCUCAAGUUCAUUCAGCCGAGAGGAAUCGAGAUUGGACAAAGUCGAACUCCCGCCCUCAAGGAGCGAUGCGUCCUCAUGUUUCACGAACUUUGUGUCCGGGAGAUCCUUGUUUGGCUCGAGCAUCAAGAAGACUUUCGAUCUCUCCACGGACAGCCAGUGUCAAGAGGUCUGCCAGAGAUCCACAGCACCAUCAUCAUCGUCAUUUCGAUGCACUUUUUACAGCUUUGGGUACUUGGAGGAGUAUGCCAAGAGUCCCAGGUGCUAUCUAACCGAUGACUCGAAACGAUCGCUCAACACGACAGUAAACGCUCGAUUUUCCGUCUUCGAAAGACAGGAUUACUGCGGAGCACAGGGACGAAUCCUCACGGGCUUCCCUCGGCCCCGGGAUGACAGGCAAACCCUCGGAGGCGGCAAUAGGCGCCUCUACAACCUCGGGCAAGGAUACUACUACCGAAAUGAGGAGAACGGCCCUGAGAUCUUGGAUAGCGACUUGUCCGCGGGAUUGGGUCCUAGUCAGACCUUCUUUGAAGACUCGAGAAUUUGCUUCCGAUUGGCCGUGUCCAGUCGACGAUUGGCGGAUCGUUACAUCAAGAAAUCCGAGACCACCUACUCACUUGACUCAUGCAAGGACUUUUGUGCCAAGGAAACCGAAUUUGUGUGCAAUGGCUUCGCUUACAGGCGUCCGUUGAGCCAAGGCGAGAUUUUGAAUUGCGACUUGACUGAACAAGACACCCAGACCUUAGACCAAUAUAACAGCUAUGACUUUUACGAAAGCGCCGUGACCGACUUUUACGAGCGAUCCAACGAGUGUGGAGGGUCCGAGACCACACCUGCCACCACACCCAGCACAAUCAUCAAUCCCAACACUGCUUACAACCCAGUUUUGGAUCCAGAUUGCUACACGCGAAUCCGGACCGCCUACAAGCAUUACACAUACCGAGACUACAAAACCGUGACCUCGGUGGCUCAGUGUGGAUUGGCAUGUCGUCAAACUACUUAUUGCAGCACUUUCAGCUACCGUUAUGGAACCACCAGUACCUCGGACAUUGGCAACUGUCUUUUGAGCGAUAAGAACGGUUUUGAGCUCACGGACCAGGAUCUCGUUUCCACGGCUCUUACAGCGGGCGAUUGGGACGUGUUUGACCUCAAGAGUGGAGGACGUUGCGAGGAUUUUAAUACUGGCCGCAAUGAUUGCUACCGAAGAGAACGCGUGGGUUACAAGCAUUACUUCACGGCGAUCCGAAGGACUCUAUCAGUGGGUAAUGUUGGUGAUUGCUCGGAGGAGUGCCAAAGAUCUCGAGAUUGUUCUUCAUUCAGUUUUAGAUAUGCUCGUGCCUCCACUGAUGGCCGACGAGAUAAUUGCCACUUGUCCAGCUUGACAGUGUCACGCGCUCUGUCCUCGGAUUCCGUCACGGCGGACUCGGCUUGGGAUCUCUAUGAGAGCAUCCAAGGAUCGUCAUGUGCACGAGGACCAAGUGGAAAUGCUUGCUUCAGGCUCGACAGGGAUAAUUUCAAACACGUUGAGCCUCUGGUCCGUGAUUCCAUAACAGUGAUGUCUGUGGGGGAAUGUGCCCGUGAAUGUCACCGUCUCGUCCCAGUGGCUUUGGGAGCCGAAUCUGGAUGUGAAUCAUUCAGUUUCCGCAACUUUCAAAGCCCAGGCAACUGUUUAAUCAGCACGGUCUCCGUCUUGGACUUUGACGUGAAUCGAGACGUGGUUUUCGACGACGAGUGGGAACUCUAUCAGAAAUUGGACGGGGGAGCCGUGUGCUCCGCUGAAAGUGGAACGAGCAUCCCCCCCGAAAAAGAGGGAUGUUACCGAAGCUUGGAGCAAGACCGUAAGCACUACACAACCGUGAUCAAAGAGUUCGUGGACGCUCGAGACGUUCUGGAUUGCUCUCAAAAAUGCUAUCGAGCCGGGUUUUGCAAAUCCUUUAGCUUUCGGCAAUUUGGUUCCAUCGAUAAUUGCGCUUUUUCCGCCCUGGAUGGGACCGACAUUCGUGAGAGCGACCUUCGAGUGGAUACUGACUGGAAUGUUUACGAAUUGGUGCCAUUCGCUAGCCGAGAUCAAUGUGGGGACGACUCGAUUGGGGGCGGUAUUGGCGGCGGAGGAGGGUCAUCGGAACGAGGCAAUUGCUUCAUCCGAGAUCGAUUAGGCUACAAGUUUUACCCAUCCAUCGCCCGAACCACCAUUAGCGUUCGUGAUGCCCAAGAGUGUUCGAACGAUUGCAAACGCUCCACUUUUUGUAAAUCGUUCGCCUUUAGUUAUCGCCCACUUGGUUCAUCGACCAAUUGCCAACUCACAGCCCUAGACACUCGCGACAUUCGGCCUCGUGAUGACAUUCUGGCCGAUGCUGAUUGGGCCAUCUACGACCAAGAGGACUCCCGAAUUUGCCGCAAUGACCCGGGUCUAGUGGAUGAUGACGAGUGCUUCCGCGUCACUCGAAGGAAUGUGAAAUUCUACACUUCCUCUCUGACCACGACUUAUCGUGUUCAAAGCGUCACCGAAUGCUCGUAUGAGUGUCAACGCCACAGCAAUUGCCGGUCGUUUGCUUUUAGAGUUCGAUUGGCAUCGAGUCUUUCCGAUAACUGCCAGGUUUCCAGCUUGGCUCCCUCUAGCAUCCUUAUUGCCGAUAUUGUCUCGGAUGGAGACUGGGACAUUUUUGAGAAACUAUUAGGAAGUCGAUGCUCGUCUGGCGGAGGACGAAAUUCUGACGGUGAAUGUUAUCGGCAAAUCGAAGCCGGAUACCGACAUCUAGCCUCAGCUUACGAGGAAUCCAUUCGCACGCGAGACAAAGACGACUGUUCCCUGGAAUGUCUCACUCGACGGGCUUGUAACACGUUCAGCUAUCAAUACUUUGCCUCGUCGACUAUUGAUAAUUGCCUCCUCUCGAAUCUGGAUGGGCGAUCCAUCGAAUUUCGUGACAAGACUCGCGAUUCCAACUGGGAUAUCUUCGAGCAAAUCAUCGACAGUAUCUCGUGUCGAAGGACGGAGGGAGGAAACUCCAUCGAUGAUUGCUUUGAGCGUCUCAAGGAUUCGUAUAAACACCGCAGCUCCGCCGCGCGCCAAUACCGUGAUGCCUUCAGUAUCAAGGAUUGUGAAACAUACUGCCGACGAGCGUCGUAUUGCGUGUCUUUUAGCUUCCGAGACUUGACGGAUCGAGACAAUUGCAUCCUUUCUGACAUCCGUGUGACGACCUCGUCGGAUGACUUCAAUUUAGAGUACAAUCGAGAUUGGGGCGUGUAUCGACCCAUUUUUGGCGGCCGUUGCGACGAGCACAUUGGAGGGGGUGUAAUUGGUGGCGGAGGAUCCAUCGAUCGGACGGGAGAAUGCUUUCUCGUCUACUCCAGUGGUUAUCGCUUCAAUGGCUUAAAGAUCAGGGAGACCCUCUCGGCGUUCCACAUUCGGGAUUGUGAAAAUUCGUGCUUGGAUACACGCUUCUUCGAUUGUCGGUCGUUCUCAUAUCGGGAUGGGGCCACGUCGCGAAAUUGCGAUCUCACGGCCGAGGACCCCCAAGUGCUGAACGUUCGGUUGGACCUGAUUCCUGACGUUGACUACAAGAUCUACGAGAGGAGGUCGAGUACGCAAUGUCGACUCUCAGGCGGGAGCCCCAAUCCCAGUCCCAAUCCAAUACCUGGCUUGGCCACCACGUGCUCUCAGCUCUUUCAAAGUGGCUACCGCUUUGAAUACCAAGUGGUAAAAGAGGUCACGGACGCCAGAGACUCUUUUCAAUGCGAGGAAAACUGUUUGGCAGCCUCCAGGUUCAGAUGCACCGGAUUUUCAUUCAGAUCUUCUUCAGGGGCUUACCGAAAUUGCGAACUGACAGACCGUCCCAUAACAAGCCUCAGUAGUUUGACGGAUAUCGAUGUGACCCAGGGUUGGAACAUUUAUGAACGAGUGGAUUACGCAGGGGCCUGCCGUGGAGACACGUCCUUCACGGCCAUUCCCGGAAUACCCGGUAUCCCCCUGGGAGGAGGGGGAGGUGGUGGUGGGAUCUUGGAAGUGGAACGAUUGAGUUGUUAUAAUCGCAUCAGCAGUGAUCACACCUUUCGGUCCCGAGCCAUUCUCACUGAGGUCGUGGCCAGGACUUUGGAAGAUUGUGCAUCCGAAUGCGAUCGUCUUCGACUUGGAGCCCGAGAGCAAUGCCAAGCAUUUUCUUAUCGGCAAUAUACUUCGAGUUUGACACGGAACUGCAUGCUCAGUGAUUUCUUUGGAAGAAAUGUGGAUUCCGAGUUGGAACGAGAUUACAAUACGGAAGUAUGGGAAUUUCAAGGCGGAAGUGAUGUCCGUUGUCAGCAGAGAACUUUCGAUCCCGUAGGGUCGGGCUUUUCCCGAGGUUACUCCGUUUCGGGCAAGGCGUGCGAAUACGGGGCGGAAUUGAAUCCCGAUGUGCGAUAUUGGUAUUGUCGCACUCGAGAUGACAAAGGAUGGGACUAUUGUUGUCGGCCUGGUAACACGUGUGGAUACAGCGAUGGUUACGAGUAUCCCUGGUGUUACGUGGGCGAGGCUGGUUUUGAUCAAUGGAGGCCCUGCAGCAAUUCCUUGGUGGAUUCCAGUUACAGCAAAAUGGGAGCCUACUUGCAGCAUGCCCAUGGGCCUGUACCCACCCAUGUACCGACUCAAGAUCCCUUGAAUGUGACCAACUCUUUGACCAUUCAUCACCACGAAAAGAUGAACGGUGAUGAAAUGGAUCACACCGAUACUGCUGCCACAGAAUUUGUCUCCGUUUUGCCGACAGCAACCGACAGCUCGGAUGACGUCAGUAGGAUGAGGAAUGAUGGAAAAACUGUCAAUUUUGACGUCGAGACCUUCGAGCCAGUUAAUCUGAACUUCCAUCGGGAUGUUGAGCAAGACCAAGAGGGUCCACAAAAGACUCACGAACCUUUGCGAGAUCAAGCAGUUCGACCCCGACGCCAUUUCUCCAAACGGACUCUGUGAGGAGGACUUGACUCUUGUUAUUUCCUCUAUUAACUCCUUCUUUGACAAGAAAUUUACUCCCUUUUCGCUUGGUCUAAGAUCUCUUCGUCUAUUGCAUACCUAUCGACCAUCAUUUACCAUUAUAAAGCCCUUGUCUUUGAUUAGAAUCUAUGGAGGAUAAGUCUAAUCAUAGAUACCGAGAAGCUCCUUAAAAUUCAGAUGAUCAUCCCUCUAACAAUUAUUAUCAUCCUAUCAUCAUCAUCAUUACCGAUACAUUCAAUUUUGCUGUUAUUAUCAUUGCAUCCAGCGCUCACGACUCGUUCAGUGUUCGUCGCCAAAGCCGAUUACCACGAAUCUUGGUCGAAGGUGAUCAAGAAUCUGGAUUAGCUCGAGUCAGACUCGAGCCUCAGCCGUCACCCGCUAAGCAAGCUCCGGAUCCGGAAAAGGUCAA